AUGGUAUCGAGCCUCACAGUCGGCUGCGUCGACAACAAGCACGGCGUUGGCGGCUUCGCAACCUCUGGCCUCCAACGAACCGGAUACGGAUUGUACACGAACUUCGAACGGGGCGGUUUCACCGCACCCCUCUUCCUCACCGUCUCCCUGAGCCCCCCAAACUUCCCCACCCACUCCCCCGGCGACACAGACCCCCGCGUCCCGCUCGCUCUAACGGGCCCUCUCGCCCAGUACCGCGACGAAGAAGUCCUCCUCCAAAGAAACAAAGACAAGAUCACCGUCCUGAUAGACGAAAUGCUGUACCAAUCCGACCAGAUGGAGAGCGGCGGCAAGAAAGCCUGGUGGGACGCCCAGGACUUCAAGCAAAUGCUGCCCACGGGCGUGAGCUAUGAAUGCAAGCAAGCUCUCGGCGUGCUGAGCGUGCGGGAGUGCAGGACUGCGAGCUGGGAGUUCAUUAGGAAGGGCGCGCUGAAGGUGCAGGCGGGCGUUUUGGCGCCGACUUUUCAGAGCGGGAAUUGUUUGUUCAGCGUCGAGGCAGCAAGGGGCGAGGUCGAGGUGCCCUGGGAUGCCCUGCGCGCCGCCGCCGAUAUCCUCUCCUAUACGUGUUUGGAAAAGGAGGGCAGUCCGGGGAGUGGCGGGUUGGUGGUCUUUACGGGUGCGCCAGGCCCGUCGACUGGGUUUAUCUGGCCUGAUGCUCUGUUGCUUACGAUGAAGAUGCCGGGGAUUCAGGGGCAGGGGGCGAUUGGGGGGAGUGGGGGUAAUGGGGGGAAUGGGACGGCGGUCACUGCGGGAGGCCAGGGUGGAACGAAUUUGACGAGGCCCAGGGUGGUGGUGAAUGAUCCGGGUUUGACGUCUUGA